AUGGCUUCUCUCCGAGCACGGGCCAGUGCACGUCUUAUUCUGAAGCACAACACGAGAAGGGAAUGGGUUCCGAGCGUGGCCCUCGGCUACCGGCUGAACGCGCUCAGCCAUGCUGCCAACUUACGUCUGAUGACUAGCAGGGCGGCGGGACAAACAGCCCGGGUCUCCGAUCUUCACAUGGCUCUCCGCCGGAACUGCACACAGCCCCCUUCAAAAUGGGGCCCCCCUCGCCCCCUGAGCGCCCCUCUCCUCACUCUGGAACCAUGCUUUUUCCCCGCGGGAGCCCCCAGGGCUUUGGAACACACACCGCUCCCCGCUCCCGAGGGCCCUUACCUGCUCCCGAGGGUCCCGCUUCCAUCCCAUAUACCCGUGUGGAGGACAGGCGGCCGGGAGACUGAGGAGUCCAGCGUGAGGGGCCUAGGUGCCUCGCACUUGCACUGCUCGGGCUCCCGGGCCGGGCUCGGCUCCCCCCCGAAGCCCGGCCGCUCGCGCCGUCGCCCCCGCAGCCUCCGUUGCCGCCGCCGCGGAGCCUGCAGCAGCUCCCCCCGCGAGCGCCGAGUAGCUGCCAGUGCGCAGGCGCGACCGAUGGGCCCAGGGGGCGGACGGGAACGAGUCAAGCGGGGCGCUCGACGGCAACAAAGGCCAAUGGAGAGGGGCGGGGGCGCGGGGCCCACGCAGCGGCCCCUGGCGGCCACCCGAGGCCGUGCAGCCUGGCGGGAGGGCUCCGGUGGCGGAACCGCGCAGUGGCGCCGUGUGCCGGGCGCUGAGACCAUAGAAGUGCUAGAGACCUUGCCUACUCUGGAAGAUGUCACAGUUUCAACUCGUGUAGAAACAGAGCUCUCUAUCUGCAGGACCCGGGAAGCACCUGCCUCCACUUUCUCAUCUGCAGCAUUUUCCUCUUACCAAAUCACUUAAAUGACGUUUUGCGUCAAAACCCAAAGGCUAAUUUUCCAUUAUUUCUCUGCAGCAUAUGACACUAUGCAUCUUUUAUUUUUUUAAGACUUUACUUGGCGCCUUCAUUUUCUUAAAUCUCCACAUGCCUGUCCUGUACAGCUUUCUUUAAUAACUCCUGUUGUUUUGUUCACUGUAGUUCCAACCUGAGUUUUAGUCUCCUCUUCCCCCUCUCCCCUUCACGGCUACAACCACGCUUAAAGCCCAAGUAUCUAUAUCUAACCACGGAGCCGCUUCAUAGUCCCUACUGUCUGCUGGACAGCUCCAGCAGGAUCUAACUUCACAUUUAAGUCCAAACCUAACCCUUCCCUUCCUCCCACAAAACGUACGUGCUUGUCCUAUCUCAAUGAAUGCAUCUUCAUGCCAAAAAUG